AACCCACAUUGCGCUUUCUGCCACUCCACUCCACUUCUCCACUUCGCCCGUCGGCCGUCGAACAGAUCCGGCCGCCAUGUCCUCGCCGCCGGCGCAUUCGGUCGCCUGCGCCCCGGCAUCGCAGCCGGUCUUCCCCGACGAGAUCCUGGAGGAGAUCUUCCUCCGCCUCGACGCCGCGGAAGACCUCGCCCGCGCCUCCGCCGCCUGCACGGCCUUCCACCGCGUCGUGUCCGCGCGCCGCUUCCUUCACCGCUUCAGGUGCCUCCACCCCCCGCCAGUCCUAGGCUUCCUCGAGUUCGACGCACUGGGGACAUUCCGCCCCGCGGAACCGCCCCACCGCGCCGCCCCUGCCGCACGCGCCCUCGCGCAGGCCGCCGACUUCACCUUCUCCUUCCUCGGCAACCCUUACAGCUGGCAUGUCUGCGAUGCCCGCGACUCCCGCGUCCUCCUCUACCGUCGCGUCAGAAUCACCUCCGUGUUCGCUGACCUCAUGGUCUGCGACCCCUUGCACCGCCGGCACGUCGAGCUACCCGCCAUCCCCGACGACCUAGCAGCUGCUACUGGGGGCUGGGGCAUGCAGGUAUUCGAUCCCUUCCUCGAUCCAGACAGUGACAAGGUCAAGGAGAAACAGGAUUUGUCAUUCCGGGUCAUCUGCGCUGUGCAGUGCCGCUACAAGCUCGUGACUUUCCACUUCUCUUCAGUCACCGGACAAUGGCGAGGCAUCACGUUCAAUAGACCAGUUCCUUUGGACGCUACCUUGGUUUGGUUUCAGGGGUUGUUUGAGCGCCACUAUGCUCACGGCUGCUACUUCUGGACGAUCGGUGUCGACACCAGUUUUAUGAUCAUGCUCAACAUGCAUGAUAUGGAACUCUCUGUUGUUGACCUCCCUCCUGGCAUACAUAACAGCCCGCAAGCACUAGCCGUUGUGGAGGCAGGGGAAGGCAUGAUAGGUCUGUUCUCUAUUAGUGGUGACAUGCUACAGCUCUACUACAAGUCUUUGCAAGAAACUGAGUGGCACCACCAAAGGAUAAUCCCCUUGCCCAAACCAAACAGUUACUGGGACAUCUUUGCUGCAGCUGCAGGGUACUUGCUCCUAAAAGCGAAACCACGGGAUUCUUCGCAAAUAGCAAAGUGGGAGUCACAGUAUUUCACACUCAACCUCAAGACAUUCCUAGUUGAGAGGCUGUGUGUUUCAAAUUUUCAGUACACUAGAGGUGCUCUCCUGUAUGCUAGUUUCCUAUCACCAUUCUCACUGCCAAGCAUAUGAUACGGUCAGCAUCUCAACCAGGACUUGUCAAGGUGAUGUUGCAAUGCCAGUCGGUAACAUCUGUAUGGUGCCUUGGAACAUUAUGCAUGAGACAUGCUAAUGCUGUUAGAGAUGACAUCUAUCUAGUCUCAUCAGCUGUUUAGUUUAUGUAGUCAUGUUUUCCCUGUUGACAUUGUGUUGUACUGUUGUGUUUUGGAGCUAUUUGGCAUGCAAUCGAGGCAGUAAGGAGGCCUUCUAACUGAUUUGUGCUCGCACAUUUGUAGCCAUAGCUCAUGGAGAUUUGUCCAAUCAGAAUCUGGGUUUAGUUCUGAUUAAAAUGAAGUAAUGAACGAAAUGGUUAUAUCCAUUUCUUGGCACCAA